CUGUAUCAUACACCUGCGCUUGAAAUAAUUAUCACCAAAGUUAGUUAUCACCAAAUUCAGUUACGGCAGUCUUUUCGAUCUUUAAUUUCUUGCAAAAGUCACAACUCACAUAUCGCACUUCCAUUUCUUCAUUCGUCGUCUCCAGCUUCACUGUGUGCGAUUUAGUCGCAACAAUGCCGCCACUCUCCCGCCGCCUCUCCGCCGCGAUUAGGACCGCAAAGGCCGCCGUGAAAUCCUAUUUCUGCCGCUGCAUUGACUUCAGGACCUUGACCGACUUCAUGACUACUCCCACAUAUCUCUUCUUUCACUCACACCUCACGAAGGUUUACGCAACACUAGUGCUUGCCUGUGUAUGCACAAUUUUGGGAGUGUUACUGGAUUUUGCUGGUGAAGUUGGGGGGCGCUUCACAUUUCUCCUCUUUUCUCGAUCCAUGUUUUGGGUUCUUAAGACACCUUCACAGAGGGUGGCGAAGAAGAUUUGGUAUAUGAUGGCUGCUACAUUUUUUAUGGGGGCUUCUAUGGUCCCAUGUAUUCGACCUUAUGUGAACAUUAACCACGGAUUGUUGAUGAGUAUAAUAGGGGAGCAAGCAACGUGCUACGCGGUAUACUGUUUGGGAGCAAGUGCAACGAGAUCAGCUGGCAGAAGGACGCCGCUGGAGCUGCCGGUCUACUAUAAAGUCGUCGUCUGCUCACUCUGCUCUUACCUCUUCCUCCUCCUGCUUUUCUUCGUCUAUUCCGCCUUAUUCCGCCACUCUCUUUUUCUCGUGAUGGUACCGGUAUACAUGGUAUGUUACCGGGUAGCUCUGUUUGCUUAUGGCCAAGAGAUGACACUGAGAUCAUGGCGCGACGGCGAGAACUUGGACUGUGUGACUUGCUGUCUCAGAUUCUACACCGACUUUCCUGCUAUCCUCGCCUACACUUUUGCUCUCCUCGUUAAGGGUUUGUACGAUGGCUUAAGGCGGCGAAAUCGACUCCGCAUCAUGCGCAAACGAUUAGUUCGGAUGUAUAUCGAAAACAUCACGAACAAGGGUCUUAGCUAAAUACUUUGAUUGGCUUUGUGCCGAUCGAAUAUGCAUUCUGACUACCAUAGCCUCAAAGAUAUAUACUCCGUAUUUAGCAGCCUUCUUUUUCACACUGAUAACUAAAUACGUAGAAUGUGUCUACAUGUAACUUUCUUCAAUGUGUCUACUUGCUCAAUUUUUUUUUACAAAGUUUAAUACAUCAUUUUGAUGAAUUCAUUCUCCAAAAGUUGAAUCCCCAACUCGAAAGGACCCUCAUGAGUCACAUGCCCCUCAAAUCAUUGGCAUGUCCAAGUAAAAGGAUAUUC